AUAAAAUAUAAUAAAUACAUAUAUACGUACAGCAUAUGCCAUAUUUAUUAUUUUGUGUAAUGUUAGAUGUCCAUGUUAAAAUGACAUUUAAACACGGAUUCCACAGCUUAUUUCAAAUCCGCGUUUCCUCCCAUGACGUAUUGGAAAAACAUUUUUAAAGUAAAUUACGUGAUUAACUAUUAAAAUGCAGUGUGGAAAACAACUUUCCUACUUUUUACCACAGUAUUGUUGGAAAGGCAUAUCUGCCACUGUUCUUGUGGGGAACAGGAUUUGGAAUUGCAAUCCACAAAGAUAUUUGCAUACCUCAAAUCCAGUGUUUGAAUUUCACGAGUAUGACAGACGCAGUGGUUAUGACACGGGAUUCAAUGUGGCUGAUAAACGAAUUGAUAGAAUACGCAUUGGCCUCAGACAGUUAAAACAAGAAAUAAAACAAUGGAAAGAAGAGUUAAAAGAAACUUGGGAAGCUGAUCCUAUUCUCGACUAUAGGGCAGGUGAAAUUGAUGUAUUUUGGAAAUUUGGCAAAGAGUCAUCACUGAACCAUUGGAUUGUAACAAGUGAUAGUGACCACGCUGAAGGAUUUAGUAAAUGUGAAUUAAAACUAAGCCAUCAAGGAUAUGGUCUGUUCUGUGGAAACUUGUGCUCAAGAGUACCUAAAGAUGGAAGAAUGCAAAACUCUGGUUACUGCAAUAUAAUUACCAAACGAGUCACAAGGGCAUUUCAAUUAAACUCUUAUUUGGAUUGGAAUCCUUAUACUCACCUUAAUAUGCGAGUAAGAGGUGAUGGACGAAGCUAUCUUCUAAAUAUCCACAUUUCUGGACAAUAUGAUAUUUUGUGGAACGAUGUCUUUUCAUUUGUGUUGUACACACGAGGCGGUCCUUAUUGGCAAACAGUUAAGAUACCUUUUUCCAAAUUCUUUUUUGCUAGUAAAGGACGUAUUCAAGAUUCACAAGCGCCACUACCAUUAGCUAAAAUUAGUCAUUUUGGUAUCACAGUUUCUGAUCGAGCUGACGGACCAUUUCAAUUGGAAAUUGAUUACAUUGGCACUGAAUUUGAUCCUACUCAUCACGAGGAAACUGCAUAUGAAAUGUAUAAUGUAGAACAGAAUUAUAUUAUAGGAACAUAGUUCAUAAAUUACCUAGGUAGUUAAAUAAAAUUAAUUUGUUGUGGA